AUGUCGCCACCGUCAGCCUCUACUGAGCGUGCCACCACAGCUUACCAUCCUCUUCCUGAAUUCAGGGAUAUAGACAAUGUCAACGAGGAGUCCACUCAGGGACGACGCAGAACCAAGUCGUGUUUCUGGCUUCUAUUCAAGAUUGUUGUCGCAAUUUUAGCAGUAGUCUUACUGAUAACGGGACUCUGGCAGUACAUUGUCGUGAAGCUUGGUCAUUCGGGAUGCUCUGCGGCUCGGAUGGAGGCCUUGGAACCAGAAUAUGGUAAAUUCGAUCUCUUACCGAAGUCCUUCGUGCUCAUUGAGCAAUCACAUCGAACAUAUAGUGCAUUGGAGGUAUUCCCAACAGAUGAGCAAGGGAAGAUAACUGGAGGCAGUUUAGGAUACUACUACAAGUAUCAUGGUCCAUGGUGGAAUGUCUACGGACUCACUGAUGAGCUCGGAGAUACUCUCCUGACUGCUUCUACUGACUGGUUCUCCAUUGGGAAAACAGUUAAUAUCCACAGGUGCGAUGAGUCUGCAGAAAAUCCGAUUUACUAUAGUGCGAAAGAAACAAGCCACUGGCUUAUGAAUAAAAUUCGCAAGAUGUUCGGAUCGUUUAUUAAUACGGAGUAUUCCUUCUUCGCCGUCAAUAAAGGGACUGGGGAGAAAACACUUCUCGGUGUCUCCGUCAAGCAAGGCUUCCAAGCUAAGCAGCUAGUGUUAAGGGCUCCAGAUGAGUCCAAGCGGAAGAUGUAUGAUGCCGUCCUAGUGUCGAGACACUGGAUGAAUCAAUUCGAUUACUGGCUGGUGCACUGUGACGACCCUUCGGACUUGCCCGCAGAAGAGCAUACAGUUCCAUCAUCAGUAUUCGGAGCGGUGACGGCAGUGGGAGCCUUCAGGGACAUCGAGAAAAAAGGGAAACGCCCGGCCCCUCAAGUAUAA